UCCCCCGUGCCCGCCCGGCCAUGCACCCCGCGCCCCGCCGUGGCGGAUCCCUGGAAGCGGCGCCGAGCCGGGAUCCCGCCGGACAGUUAAAUAAGUCAACUUACAUGAUGAUUGAAGAUAAUAAAGAGAAUGAAGACAAUGCAUCUGAAAGAGGAAGGACAGCUAUCAUUUUUUCCUUGAAGAAUGAAGUCGGAGGACUUGUAAAAGCAUUAAAACUCUUUCAGGAGAAGCACGUAAAUCUGGUACACAUUGAGUCACGAAAGUCCAAGAGACGAAAUUCUGAGUUUGAGAUCUUUGUGGACUGUGACAGUAACAGGGAACAACUGAACGAGAUCUUCCAGCUCCUGAAAUCCCAUGUCAGCAUUGUCUCUGUGAGCCCAACAGAGCAUUUCAAUGGCCACGAAGAUGACAUGGAGAAUGUUCCCUGGUUUCCAAAGAAGAUCUCAGAUUUGGAUAAGUGUGCGAACCGAGUGCUGAUGUACGGGUCCGAUUUGGAUGCUGACCAUCCAGGUUUCAAAGACAAUGUCUAUCGCAAGAGGCGAAAGUAUUUUGCAGACCUGGCUAUGAACUACAAACAUGGUGACCCAAUUCCCAAGAUUGAAUUCACUGAGGAGGAGAUCAAGACUUGGGGGACUGUGUACCGAGAGCUCAACAACCUUUACCCAACUCAUGCCUGCAGAGAGUACCUUAAAAACUUACCCUUGCUCACCAAAUACUGUGGCUACAGGGAAGACAAUAUCCCCCAGCUGGAAGAUGUGUCCCGCUUCCUGAAAGAGCGUACAGGUUUCACCAUUCGCCCUGUUGCUGGAUAUCUGUCUCCCAGAGACUUCUUGGCAGGACUAGCAUUCAGAGUUUUUCACUGCACUCAAUAUGUUAGACACAGCUCGGACCCUCUCUAUACACCAGAGCCUGAUACCUGCCAUGAGCUCCUAGGCCAUGUCCCUCUUUUGGCUGAACCCAGUUUUGCUCAGUUCUCCCAGGAAAUUGGUCUUGCAUCACUUGGGGCCUCAGAUGAGGCUGUCCAAAAACUGGCAACAUGCUACUUCUUCACUGUAGAGUUUGGCUUGUGUAAGCAAGAGGGACAACUACGAGUUUAUGGGGCUGGCUUGCUCUCUUCAAUUAGUGAGCUCAAGCACUCACUCUCUGACAGUGCCAAAGUCAAGCCUUUUGAUCCAAAGGUCACCUGCAAGCAAGAAUGUCUCAUUACAACUUUCCAGGAGGUUUACUUUGUUUCUGAGAGUUUUGAAGAAGCAAAGGAAAAGAUGAGAGAGUUUGCGAAAACCAUCAAGCGCCCAUUUGGUGUGAAGUACAAUCCGUAUACACAGAGUGUGCAGAUCCUGAAAGACACGAAAAGCAUUGCCAGCGUGGUGAAUGAGCUACGUCAUGAGCUGGACAUUGUCAGCGAUGCCCUCAGCAAGAUGGGCAAGCAGCUGGAAGUUUAACACCUUGUUAGCAGUGUGGUGCAAUCCAAUUCUUUUCUUUUCCUUACUGAUUUCUUUCAUAGGCUUAUAAUGUGUUGUAGGCUGAACUCAUUCCUUUACAAAUGGAAGACUGAAUGGCUCAUAAGAAAAAUGUCAUCUUGUUUCUCUCUGUAAAAUCCCUUACAUAAUGUAUUUCUCUAUCCCCCUUAGAUAAAAAAGGUCCAGAGCUGCCUUUUAGAAGCUGAUAGGGGAGUAGAGAAAGUGCUAGACUGGAGAAGAAGUGUGGUCUUUGGAUCAGGGCUGGGAUCAAAUGCCCCAGAAGGUGGCUUAUGAGGCAAUAAUGGAAUAAUUCACCAUUUCUGCCCAUUUCUGACUCCAGUAGUCUUUGCUACUGAUUUUAUAGCAUUGAAGACUUGAUAAUGUAGAAGCUGUGGUAAUCAGUGCUUCUAAGCCUGUGCUACUAAGCUUAAAACUUGAAUGAUUACAAGGCACACAUCAGGACACAAAUAGCUGGAGGUUCAACAUGAUAAAAUGGAGGGGUCAAAUCUUUCAGAGGGAUUAUUCUUGUCCCCAAAGAAUUGCAAAUGUGCUGUUUGGCAUGCUUCUAGUAUAAGGCAGAGAUACAGCUGUUGCGUGCAUCCUAAUUUUAAGAGAUGUGCUAUUGCCUAAGAGUCAGGAUUUGUAUUGCUGUCCUUGAUAUUCCACGUGAGGGAAGACCUUUCCUUACAGAGAUACCAUUUGCCUUUUUCCUCAUUGAAAUAAUUUAGUAAAAGUAUAGUAAGACAUCAAGUGUACUGCCUUAGAACAAAGCCUAGAACCAUUUCCAAAGUACAAUUUAAUAUUCAAAAGUUUAAAAUAACAGCCAAAGUUCAUAGUUUAGUGUGGUUUUUGUAAAAAUAAAUAUCCUGUUGAUGAUUGCUCAGUCACUUUAUCAACCAGCACAAGUUGCACAUAGGUACGUUUAGCUUCCUCUUUACUUGGCUUGAACACCUUCAUUCCCUAUCAAUCAAUUGAUAACUGAAAGGCCUAAGCAUUCAAUAGGAAUUCUGUGGUCAUGAAGGCAAUAAACCACUUUGUAGUGUAAGGUACAUCUAACUCCAAAGAGCACUUUGCAAGUGGUGGGAAGUAGUGUCCUGAUGAACUGCCUGUAUUUCACAGUAGCAAACUUGCCUGAUUUCAGGGCCCCAUAGUUUCAAGCAUCCUGCCCAGCUGUGCAAAGCUGUGCUGGCUGCUGCUUCUGCAAGCCCUGCUGAUGAAAUGGACAGGAGGUGACACCUUUGAAUGGGGAUCUGUGAUGUGCAGGGUGUAUUUAAUAGCACUGUCAGCACUGGUUUUUCAUAGGUAGAGCUUAUCAGGAAAUCCAGUGCAGUAGAAAAAUGAACUGAUAUCUUAAAUACACUGGAGAUGAUUGUUCAGGAUUUUGAGAACUUUAAAGGACUUUUGUGAACCUCUGUGCUUGAAAAGCAGCUUGAGUUUCAUAUGCUUUCAUAGGCCACAUCUGCUCCAUAAGCAAUUGCUGGCCCAACCUUUCCAAGUAGAUUCACAGUUUAAAUUAAGUCUAGAUCACUUUUUCCUGUGGCUAUUAAUUCAUUAUAACUUUUUUUUUUAAAGAACAUUUAAGAUGUAGAAUUAUGGUCUACAAUAUUUAUGGCCUACAUUGCACUUCAUUUAAAAAUAGAUUUUAGAAACUUUGUCUUUCUAAAAAAGAAACCUUUUAAGUGAGUAGUGAGGGAGGAUCUAUUUUGCCAGCUUCUGUGAUAAUGUUCAAGUGCAGUUUUAACAACAUUGGGAUUAUUAUGUUGUGGAAAUAUACAUAGGUCUGUGUUAGUUCAAUCCUUGUCUGAACUAUGUAUACAUUUCAAAUAGGAAUCCUUAUACUUGUUAAAUUAGCACCUACUUUCAAAUACUCUGUAAAAACAGCAGUUGUAUCUUUUAUUUGCACUUGUGUAGAGAAAAAAAAGCCUGCUAACAAUAAUACAGAGAAGAUGCAUUUCCAUGACAUUAACAAUGUGUAUGUUUGGCUUCACCCAUCCAAACCUCCUGGCUAUACAGAACAGUAAUAACUUAAACAUUUUAAACUGUUGUGGAGGCUUUAAAUGUGGACGAAAUAAAUGACUUGCUGGUAAUUA